AUGGCACAGACUCCAGGGCUUGCCCUCUGGGAUGUGAUACUCAAGGGACCUGUUCUCGCUGGUGCCCCCAUAGGGUUGGACCAGCUGCCCUGGACUUGGCCAGCAGCCCUGUCCUCCAUCGCAGCCGCCCCACCAUUGCUGACCAAGACAACGUUUCCCUUCAAGGUGAGCAGAUGGAUGGAGCUUGCCUGCUUCCACUCACUGGGGGUCUGCUCAUCCAACAUUCGCCAGAAGAAACUAAUCCACAAGCUGCAGGAAGGAAAGGUGUUUCAGGAAGAGAUGAGACACUUCCGUGAGAAGAAAGGCUUCAGGGAAGAGAUGUGGAAUUUCCGUGGCAAGAUCUGCGCUUUCAGGUGCCAGAUCUCGGGCAUUUGGGAAGAGGAGAAAACCUUCUGGAAAGAGGAAAAAGCCUUCUGGGAAACGGAAAAAUCUUUCUGGGAAGAAGAGAAAGCCUUUUGGAAAAAGUACCAAAUCUUCUGGAAGGAAGAUAAGGCCUCCUGGAAGGAGGACAAUGCCUUGUAGGAAAGAGACUGGAACCUCCUUCAGGAGGACAAGGCCCUGUGGGGGGAAGAAAAGGCCCUUCUGGAAGAGGAGAAGGCCCUCUGGUGGAAGGAGGUGCUCAGGUUGUGGAGAAGCAGAGGCCGGCAGGGGGGCACCGCAACGUCAGUGGGGGGCCCCGGUCGGCAGCCUCCUGCCGGGGCAGGGCGCCUUGCAUCAGAGCCCUUCGAUGAGGACUUUCAAGAAAUAGGACCCAAAUGGGCUGAUGAGGAGCCAGCUUUGUGCAUCGGACACGGCCUCACCGUCCCCAGUCACGACGACCUGGGGCAGCGACAGAAAGGGCGGCUUGUCAAGUUUCGGAAGAGCAUCAGCCGGCGGCCAGAGCCCCUGUCUCAGGGGUCCGUGCAGGCUAGCAGCCACCCCUCAGCUGGCCCCGUGGACAGGGAUGUGAGGGAAUCCUGA